GCGGGAGGAUGACCCCACUGUCGCGCAAGAAGUCGGGGAUCAAUUUCACCUAGCCCGCUUUUUGCAUGCUGCGAAGAGCGGCAGAAGACACCCGAAGCUGCAUCGGCCAUCCUGUGGAAGGUCACGCCCCAUGGCUGGCGUUUGGUGCAUGCUGCUGGUCCUUUCCUCCUCUGUCCGUUGUUCCUCACAAAUUCGUUCCAGAGGUUCAUUAAAUCUCUCGCCGUCCACGCCUUUGAACGGCUCUUCCCAUCGCCAAGCAAGGAACUCCACGAUGCUGCUCGACCGUCCUCCCCGCAACCCGGGACGAGUGCUCGAGGACGACAUGUCUUGGCUGAACCUGGUCGACACCGGGCUCGAAGAAACGCCCGCAGGGAUUACGAGUCCCGCUGUGGUCACGACGACACCUGUCUCGGACAAGACGUGGACAAGCACGACGGAACGCAUCCAAGUCUCGUCAAACGCGCCGGACUCUCGGCCGCCUCUGCUCCACCAAGCAGUCCUGCGUGACGCAGCUGUCGAGACCGAUGCGAGUGACACGAGGAACCAGAGCAUCGAUGGGCCGCCACUACCCGUGGUGGUGUCCUUGUUCAACUACGAGGACGACGGUGGAGCCACCAAGGGGCAGGUCAUCAGAGCCGGCUACCCUGUCCUUUGCGUGCUCCCCUGUGAGAGUCGCCAUCCCAACUUGGAGCACGGAUACACCCUGUGUAGAAAGGCGCCGGAUGACGAUGACGAUACGGUGUUCGGCGUGUCCUAUUGGUGGCAAGUUUCGGACCGGGGCGUGCACCCGCCCUUGUUCGAGACUGUGACUCAAGCCACGCCAUUUACAGCAGCUCGAAGACGGGUAUUGGACAGCAUCUACUUCUCCCGUGGCUCGGUGCUGAGGUGCAUCGCGCACGUUCGUAGCCGGCGCUCCCCCACCGCUGGCAAUGGGUUCCGGUUGGUCAGCGAGCCCGUGGUCGUCAGCGACACGGAAGGGGUUUGCGCCGGGGACGGAAGAGGCCAUGAUUCCUCGGUUUCCAUGGAGUACCUGAACGGCACACACCGGUCCCAUCCGAAUCAGCUGCACAUCACCGUGCACAUUCCACACAGGGAUUCCAUGCUCCCUCUGGUGUCCACGCGUCCGGUGCCGAGUGCUGAGCAACUCUUCACGAACGUGCUUUCCCAGAAGCAGCAUGUCUGCUCCAACUUUCUGUCUCCCAAGAGCGCCAGCUUGACCGAAGCUACUUUUCUGAACCACGACGCGACGGACCAGGGGUCCGAGCAGGUGGUGGCAUCGACCGUACACCUCCGAGAGCGGAACACCGCGAUGCGGGAAGGGACAGCGGUCACUCUCUACAAGCAUCUGGACACCAGCAGGUGCCUGUGGACCUUCACUGCCAUUUUGUCCGUCGGGGACAUCGUCGACGUCUGCGGAGGUUCCCUGCGCGACGAUUACGAGGAGUCGAGCAACCACCGUCGAUACUUGACGGUUCAGCUGCCCCUGUACGUGACGCUGGUGUUUCCGGCUGCGGGGACCCUGGGUCCCGACCACGGCCGUUCUUGGAUGAGCGUGGAGCGUCGGUCCCAGCUCGAGCUGACGUUCGCCUACUCCGGGGCCCACUGGACGCCCGGUGGACUCCGGGCUCGGGGCGCGCCCAGAGGGUCGGUGUCCGUCAAGAGACUGUCCCUGGGACGAGACGGCAGACUCAGCGUCUACCUCAUCUCCAGGGCCAGGUUUCAUGGGUCAUUUGUACUCAAACACCCUGCCCUUCGAGGGGCGCACAGCCAGUUCCUGGGGCCGACCUUUGUUGUCAGCUACUUCAUCAGCCUGGUCUGGAGCGAACAGACUUUCCACUCUCCCGCACAGCUGUGGAAGGCCUCUUCGACCCACAGCUUCAAGGACUACCAAGGCGCCCACACCCUGGAGCUUGUGCCGUGUCUUGCCUCCGCUGACCAGGACUACGCAUAUCCUCCUGAAGACGUCUGCAAUCCCCUGGACCCAAUAAGGUUCCAGGUGUCCAUUUCGAUGGCCCAGACGAGCCCGCCUGUCCCCACGGUGUACAGUUUGGACACGGAGUUCCAACUGUUAAGCGACCGGGACCAUUUCCUGGCCGAUCCGAGGGACCUGAGUUACGCCGUGGGAGACGCCGACGAGCGACACGUUUUCUUCAAGGGCGAAACUCUCUUCGGCCGCGUGCUGUGGAAUCCGCUGGAGUCCCUGAGCUCGGGUCUUCGGAUCGACCAGGUGUACCUGUGCGCGGGCAGGCGGGGAUUCACGCCGAGCUUCGACCCCGCCGGCACCGAGCUGGGAAGGGGACCAAGCUUCGGCUGCGUCCAGCCCAGCCACGACCUUGAACACAGAUUCCUGCUGUUGGAUCGCCACAACCACGACGAGGUGCAGGGCUCCGUCGGUGGCGUCUCCUUCCAGGCUAAACUGGCCGACGAGGACGCAGCCACAAAGCGCCUCAAAAGCUUCCCAGGAGUGGACGGGUUUUCCAUGGUCGUUGACCCACUAUACGAGGCCGCUUCUGGUACAGAGUGGUACCUCCAGGUCCUAUACUCCAUCAUCCCUCUCAAGCACGAGCGAGCGAAGCGCAGCCAAGGAGUGUUGCGUGCUGCAAGCCAUGCCAACGAGAGUGCGACCAAUAUGCACGCCUUCAUCAUUGGCAAGUCGUCAAGUGACCACAUACCCGCUGAUGAUGCACCGCGUCCGUGGACCACAGUGACCUUGGUGUCCGGUUUUGUCGUGUUCGUGACAGCAGGAACUCUCGCUGUUGCUUACAGGUACCGCAAGAGUUUACAUCGGACGCGUGCAGCAAGCUCCUCCGCUACUGUGGGUGCCUGUUGCGAGUGCUCGUCGCGGAUUCGUGGGGUGAGAGUGACGCAGAUAACCUGGACGUUUGGAGCACCUUCCAGUGUGGACACGACGGAAGUGUAGAAACUGUCUGCGACCAAUUUUUGAAGUGGUUUUAUGUUCCUAGGCAUCGUGCAAGUACAUAGCGCUUAAGUCUCGAUGCAACUAAAGCGUGUAAACUAUUUUUCGUUUGUUAGCGGUCUGCCUUUAUAAAUACGUGGCAUGAUUUGGCAUUUGGGUCGAGUUUUCGAACUCGUGGGAGAAGUUUUUGAAGCGAAUAAAACAGUUUUGAGUUUUGUAAGGAGUAA